AGAGGUGGGAUCUCAGAAGACAGCCCUGGAGCGCAGUCUUGCCAGCUGGUGUUGAUUCCCGCAUUCUCCAGGUUCGAGCCACGCUGCGCACUGCCCCGCGAUGAACACUGCUGCUGGCCCUGAGUGUCCGAGAUUCCGAGUCCCGUGGGCGCUGUGGUCACUGCUGGUGCUAUUGUCACCGGGGAGGCUGUGGGCUAUCCAUGAUGAACCGAAGUGCACCUGGCAGGUUGUCCUGAACAAGUUCCAGACGGUAGGCAAGAACGACGGGAAUGACCCCUUCUUCGAUCAAGAGCUCGGGGACACAGUGAACAGCUUGUUUGACCUACUGGUGGCGAUGCCUUUCCACGAGGAGGAGUACUAUAUGGGCUUCCCUUACUACCUGAAGAUCAACUACUCCUGCGUGGUAGAGGCCUCCGAGGCUCAGGUCCGCAAGGGCUUCCUGACGGGGCUGAAGCCUAUGGUGCUGGUCACCUUCCAACCCUCAGUUAACUUCAAUCACUGGAAGUUAGAGCAGCUGCAGAUCGAGAUGGAGGCAGCCCCAUUACGCAGCAAAGAGCACUGCAAUGAAGAGGAGAUGUGUACCAUGAGCUGGUACACGCCCAUGCCCCUCAAGAAUGGCAGCGUGGUCAUGUAUGUGGAUAUCAGCAGCAAUGGCCUCGGGCCCUUCAUCCCCAGUAAAAGGUUUCAGGUGAAUAUCAAUGGCUUCCUGAAGAGAGGGGAAGACAAAAGACCCAAGUUCACUGUGGGAACCGAGCACUUCAAUCUGAGACCCCAGUACUUCGUGAAAGUCCCGUCAAGGCCUCUGUGGUACACUGUGGGCCAGGCACCUGUGCUCAUCCUGGGGGAAAUUCCUAAGGAGAAGUACAUUCUGCUAACUGACUCCAGCUUCAAGGACAUUUUUCUUGUGGAGUUGAGCAUUGACAGUUGCUGGGUAGGCUCCUUUUACUGCCGCCAAUCCAAGUUCACUGCCACCAUCUACGACACCAUCGCUACAGAGAGCACCCUCUUCAUUCGACAGAACCAGCUCGUCUACUAUUUUACAGGCACCUACAUCACACUCCAUGGGAGCCACAACUAUGGCAGCGAGAGCUGGGUUCGUGUACUGUCCAGCGAGUGCAUCAAGAGGCUGUGCCCCGUGGAUUUCCAUGGCAAUGGCUCCGAGUACAUUAUAGCCCUCACUGCUGGGAAGCACGAAGGUUACCUCCACUUUGGGACCAUCUCAGAUGGCAAAGUUUCCUUCGAGAUGCUGCCCAGGAAGCAGUCCGUGUGCAGAGAGUUACAAGUUACCAUCUGCUCCAUUACCUGGGCUAUAUACAUUGAGAAUGAACAGAAUCUACUGCUGCUGGUGGAGAUAGAAGACAUUUUUUCCAGGAAGUCUUCCCGGGUGGUCCGCUACAACCUGAUCACUGAUUACCUGGCCAUCCUCUACACCAUCCCAGAAUUCAUUCCUGAUGCUCAAGGCCUGGAGUUCCUGAUGAUCUUAGGGACAGAGUCUUACACCACCCUCCCGAUGGUACCCAAGGGCAUGUCCUACAACCCAUUUAGCCACCUGCUGUUCAUCUGGGGCAACUUCCUCCUGCAGAGCUAUGACAAUGAAAACUUCAUCUUCCUGGCGGAUUUCCCCGUGGAGCUGUCCAUCAAGUACCUGGUCAACUCAUUCCGUGGGGAAAUAGCUAUUGUGACAGAGACCGAGGAGAUCUGGUUCCUCCUGGAGGGCAGCUAUCGGGUGUACAAGCUGUUCCCAUCCAGGGGCUGGGAGGCGUACAGCAGGCUAGAACUGAUGCACCAGUCCACUCUCUACACCUCCAAGGAGACCAUGGUCACUCUCUUCUAUGAAGACAGAAAUCUGUACCAGCUGGUAUACCUUGAAAACAACCCUCGGGGCGAGCUUGUCAAGAGGCUUGUGCCUGUGGAGCACAUUUUGAUGUACCAUCAGCUCAGCAGCCCCAUAGUCUUGCAGCAGGAAGAGGAUCACGUGGAGCUCUCCUUCAUCAACUUCUGCCCCUUCACGAAGAUGCAUCUGCAGAACCUGCCCAAACAGCAGAUCUACUCGCGCCAGGAGCGCUACAGGGUGCGGCCGCCACGUGUCCUGCAUCACUCCGCCUUCCACAGCCAGAACUCACUCGCCAUCUAUCAGGGCCUCGUCUACUACCUGCUUUGGCUGCACUCCAAGUACGACAAGGUGGGCACCUGGUGGCAGGGGGCUGAUUACUACUACUACCUGGCGAGCAACUGGCAGACUGCGGGGAAGGUGCACAUCGACAUGGACAACUACCACAAGGUCCACGACUUCAAGACCGAGCACCAGCUGCCCGAGCGCAUCUACCUGGACAAGGGCAACAGCUACAGCUUCUCCAUCUUCCUAAACAUCCGGGGAUACUCGUUCAAGUCUCAUCUGAACCCCGCCCAACUCUACCAGGCACAGAGCUCAGUGGACCUGGGCGUGGUGGUGGCGGACCCAGGCUGCAUUGAGGUGAUUGUGAAGCAGGAGGUCUUUGUUAAUCGCAACUCGGUGCUCUUCCAGAUUACGCUCAGGGAUAAAAGGUUUUGCUUUGACCAGGCUGUUAGUGGACAUAACUACAUGAAGACCUCCAUGCUGGUCAAGGUGGUAGGGUCGACUGGGUACUGCUUCCAGAAAACGGACCAGGGGCCCCGCAUGCAAGGAAACCUGAUGGUGCCGGUGCUUAUCGGCUGCCCACCGGGCAAGCGCCUGGCCUUUGACAUCACCUACACGCUGGACUACAGCAGCCUGAAGAACAAACACUACUUCGACUGCGUUCGGGUGGACCCUGAGAUGCCCUGCUUCCUCUUCCGCAACAUGUUCUACCCCUUCUUCUUGAUCCAAGAUUUGGUGACGGGAGACUCGGGCAGUUUUCAGGACAGCUACGUGCUGAAGGUGGUGGGCGGUGGGCCCACCCUGGACACCAUCAGGGAAUACAGCGAGGAGGAGAUCUACCGCUUCAACAGCCCCCUGGACAACACAGACAGCCUCAUCUGGAUGGCCAAGAACUCAACAGUCUCCAAAAACUCGCCUUUUAGCAUCAUGUCCCAUCAGAACUUGGGCAUCGAGUGGCUGUGUCUGGAGAACUCCCCAUGCCACGACACCGUUCCCCAAAGCAUCUUCGCCCCCGAAUUCUUCUUCAAGCUGUUGGUGAGCAAUAAAGGUGUGGACAAGAGCACAUACUGUGACUAUCAGUUCACCUUCCUGCUGCAUGUCCACGGGCUUCCACUCAGUGCCAAGCGCGCCAUCUUCAUCUUCAUGGUGACAGCUGGCGUGUUUCUCAGCCUGGUGUGCCUCUACAUCACCUUCUGCCUCUUGCUGCCCCUUAUGUUGAAGGCCUGCGACUCCCUGCGCUGGAAGAUUAACAACGUGAUUGCCUCAGAUUCCUACUACACAUACAGCUCCUCCUCCAAAGCCACCCUUGAGAACAAAUCUAGUUCUGUCUUCAAGGCCAGCUCCAAGGCUGAGCCUGAGGGAAGGGUGAGGAAGUCACUGGCCUAGGCCUCUUACCUGUCCCACCCACCCUCAUUCCCUACUUCCUGGGCCAUCUUUGAAAUGCCAACUGUCACCCAUUCCCACCUUUCUUUCUGUUUUGCUUGAAUUUUUAUUUCUCCUUCAGACCACACAGCUACAUAGGCCAUUAAAAUAACAAAAUCCUUCUGUG